AUGGAGAGACCUUUCCACCAAUCACAUCUUGACGCCUUUGAUGGUCUCGAUGAUGACGACGCAGACGACCUCUUCGCCAAGCUUAUUGCUUACGCCUGCCCUGUCGAAAUUCUAGCUGAACGAUACAGACCAUGGAGAACUGCCACACCUGCCCAGUGUAUUGCAAGUGUUCUCGGCAAGUUUGCACCCUCCGGAACCGAGCCAGAAGCUUCCUCCAAGUCAAAGAAGCGCAAGGCGGGACAGACAAACGACGUGCGUGAGAUGUCUGAAGAAGAGCCAAGGAAGAAGAAGAAGAAGAAGAAGACUUCGCAGAGUGCUUUCUCAUCGACUGCUUCUUCAUCGACUGCUUCUUCAUCGACUGCUUCUUCAUCGACUGCUUCUUCAUCGACUGCUCCUCCAGUAAAUCCUGCUCCGUCGAAUGCCGCUCCAUCGAAUGCCGUUCCCGCGAAUGCUCCUCUGGCGAAGGCCGCUACGAUUCGUGGCAAAUGGACUGAUGAAGAAUACCAAGCCAUCUUCGAAGAGAUGCAGAGACUUCAAACAGCCGAACUAGCAGUAUCCUCGAAGAUUUUGACCAAGGACAUGAAGCUCUACAAAGAACUUUCAGCACGACUCAUGGAACGUCCAACCCCAAUUUACCGGACCGGCCUCGCUUGCAAGAACUUCUGGAUUAGAUUCGGUAAAUUGAGAAGCAAAUGGGACGAGAAAAAUGGUCGGCAUUCGAACAACCUCCACGGUCAUUCUCUUCAGGGAAUAUUGACCCAGGCAGAGCAAGCCGCCAAGGACAAGAGGAUGGGGAAACUGUGA